GGGUAACAAGCAGGGACCCUUGCCAUUUCCCCGGGCUCUCUAUAAAUAGAGAUGUUUCCGCCCCAGACUCAUUCUGAUAGCCAGUCACCGACUUGAGGAGGCUGAGGGCAAGAGGGCUCAAAGGAGAAAUCCGAAUGCAAAGAAGGACAGCAUGGACGCCUACAAGCAGGUCCAAAAGGGACCCCUGAAGCUGAAAGGAGUCACAGAGCUUGGCAUGACCAAGUGGAAGAAGAAAAAGGACACAGACAAGGCAAAACUCCUGGAAACAAUGGGGAAAAUCCAGAGGAACCAGGAGGAGGAGCUGAGGUGCCACCUCGACAAGUGGACCCCAGCCCAGGUGGCCUUUGAGAAGGUGCAGGAGAAGCGACAAAUGGAGAGGAUCCUGAAGAAAGCAUCCAAAACCCACAAGCAGAGAGUGGAGGACUUCAACAGACACCUGGACAUGCUCACAGAGCACUAUGACAUUCCUAAAGUCAGCUGGACCAAGUAGCCACCCCACCCAGGAGAUGGAGUAUUGUCCAGGGGAAGCAGGAAGCAGAGUUGGGAUCAUCUCUGGAGCCUUUGGAAACAUUCUUUUACACACAUCCUUUAGAGUCUUCUGCUGAGCUCGUGCUUAUCAAAGUAAUGGGCUCUUAUUCUGGAACUGCAUUUAAGAGAGACGGCACUUUAAAUUAAAAAAAGAAAAAAGCAACAUCAAUGCGCAAUGGUUCAUGCAGCCUCCAGACCCCUGUGUUCACCAGGAGGCCCACGUGGGCGAGAAGCCCUACGGCUGCCAUCUCUGCCCAAGAAGUUCCCCCACGACUCCACGCUGCACGCUCACCAGAGGACCCACACCUAAGAGAAGCCUUUCUGCUGUGAACACUGUGAAAAGCUUUCAACCACAGUGGGAACCUCAGUGGUCACACUCUGGGCUCGAGCCCUACAUGUGCCCCGAGUGUCACCUGCCUUCUGCUCCCUGGGGUGUCUCAAACCCCCCCAGGAAACCCAUUCCGAACCACUGGCCCAGGACCCUGCCCUCGAGUCCAAGUAGGAAAUUCACAAUGAUUUGUCACUUCUGCAACACAAAGGGUGGAUGACAUGGGAAGAGCUUCGGAGGAUAUUGGGUCCAGGGGCUUCCAUUUACAUGAAUGAGGAGGAUAUUUGAGUGAUGGCUUAUUUUUCCAUUUGGAUUUUGUGUUCUAUUUAGUACAGCGUGUUUCAAUAAGUUUUUGCUUUCUUUUGUUAUUCUUUUACUGAAAGCAUGUCUCAUUAGUUAUCAGAACUUCAUCAUAAAAAUGAGCAUACUGUUGACUGCCUUCCUGUUAGGCGGGACUUCACUGUAAAACUGCAUGUUCCUGGCACAGUGGCCAGGCUCUGGCGUGGAAUUUAAAUUUAAAUAAACACAUUUCUGUCAAAGAGUGUCUGCAUAUUUUCUAAGACUUUUCUACAGGGAAUAGGUGGUGGCCGUGGUUUUGCCUACUUGGCUAUCACUAUGCUGAGAUAGAUUGACUCACGCAAUACUUUUUCGGGGAUUUCUUCCCGAGGUGUUUCGGAAAAGGAAAGCUUCCGAAAGAGAUAGGUGUCAUUCUUUUUUCCUAUUGGUGUACAACUUCUACUCUUCAAAAAGGCUACUUAGAAUCAGGUUUUGUCACACCUUAGCUCAUCAGCUGAUUUUAGAAAAGCCUUUGAAGACUUAUCUGACAAGAACAGAAAGAAGACAGGAGUCAAACCGAUCUGGCUCCCACCAUCAUGUCUAAGACUGCGUCAAACCCUCCAGGCAGCGAGACCAAAAAUUGACGAGAUCAUUGAAACCAGUCCGUUCAUCGCAAAAUGCAUUUCCCAAAGUCCAAAAUCAAUGAAAUGCAAAAGGAAACCGAGGGAUUUCCCGCGCGGCCCAGCGGGUGAGACUCAGCGCUCCCGCGGCAGGCGGCGUGGUGUCCUUCCGCCGUCUGGGAACUGAGACCGCACCUGCCUCCCUGCUUGGCCAAAAACAGAACAACAACAAAAA